AUGCAUAACGAGUCGGCAAUCACGUCUGGCGAUGAGACCCCGCCGUACACGGACGCCAGCCGAGCGAGCUGGCUCAUUGUUUCGACUGCGGUAUGCUUGUCGGUCACUUUGAUGUUCGUCCUACUGCGGGCCUACGUACGGGCAAUAGUCAUCAAGAGCUGGGGCGCCGACGAUACUCUCGUUGUCAUCUCAUUUAUACUUGCCAUCUUGACUGGUGUCAUUUUCUCCAUAUAUAACGAUCGGGGCUACCUUGUGCUAUAG